AUGCUCCGAAAUCCAACUCUAAGUGAGAAUACAAAAUGGAGACAAAAUAGUGUCACUGUGUCUGGGGGAAAUGGACGAGGAAAUCGUUCUGAUCACUUGUAUUGUCCAGCAGGUGCGAUUAUUGACAACGAAAAAGAUAGUCUUAUUAUUUGUGAUUAUGUUAAUGACAGAGCUGUUCGAUGGUCUCCUCAAAACGGUGAAAGUGGAGAAACGAUCAUUUCAAAUAUUCGAUGCUGGGGAUUGACUAUGGAUGAUGAGAGAAAUCUUUAUAUAGUUGAUUUUCGCGCUCAUGAUGUUAGACGGUAUCGAAUGGGAGAAAAUCAAGGAACAGUCGUUGCAGGUGGAAACGGUCAGGGAAAUCGUCUUGAUCAAUUGAAUAAUCCUAGACAUAUAUUCGUCGAUCGAGAUCAGUCAGUAUAUGUAUCAGACUGCAGUAACCAUCGUGUGAUGAAGUGGAUGAAAGGAGCGAAACAAGGCAUUGUUGCCGCUGGUGUUCAAGAUAGAGGAAACCGUCUUGGUCAAUUAUCCAAUCCUCGUGAACUUUUUGUGGAUCAGUCCGGUAGUGCCUAUGUAGUUGAUCAGUACAAUCAUCGAAUAAUGCGUUGGUCUCAAGGAGCUCAGCAGAGAAGCAUUAUCAUUGGUGGAAAUGGCCAAGGAAGUCAAUCGAAUCAGCUCUAUUCUCCAAUUGACUUAACGUUUGAUAGAGAAGGCAAUAUCUACGUGUUUGAUAAUGAAAAUCAUCGAGUUCAAAAGUUCAACAUUGACCGUCAUUAA